GAACAGUGUGUUGUGCGCGACCGAAUGGGUCGUAGUAUUUACAAACUAUGUCUUAUACCUCUAUAGUUUUACACAUUACGAUAACAUCGCAAAAAACUCGUGUUAAUAUUUUAAAUGCAUUUAUAUAGUUCAUUAUAAUUUUAUAAGUAUUAAAAAAAAAAACCAUAUACUUAAACAAUUUUGGUUCCAACAGAAUUUGAAUAAAAUGAUUUUAUAUUUCUUCAAGAUUUUUUGGUUCGUUAUGGCAAUGAAGAAUUUUCCUGGACAAACACUUGGAGCAAAAUUAGGUGAAAUAUGUCUCUCUAAUCAAGAUUGUGACACGGGAUUUAGCAGAUGUCACCAGGAGACUGGAAUUUGUUCUUGUUUACCUUACUAUGCGCGAGUGAACAAUACAUGUUUACAGUCUACACUUUUAGGAUUCGAGUGUGUUGUCGAUGAGCAAUGUUCAAUGAAAGUAGCUAAUAGUAAAUGUCUUGAUAACAUAUGUGAGUGCGAAUCGAAAUUUUGGCAGUAUCGAAGGCAUACAUGUUUAUCUCCUGCCAAACUAGGAGAAGUGUGUUACAGUGACACUCAUUGUGCACUGUCGGAUGAAAAUAAUCGAUGCGAGUUUACUAUACCUGGUGUUUUUGGAUUUUGCAUAUGUAAUUCUGCUUCCCAGGACUGUAAAAACAAAGGACAAGAUUCCACUUUAAUUAAACCUAAUACAGCACUUAAAUAUCCAUUUAGUAAACCAGAUUUAAAGAAAAAAGUGCCGUACCAAAAGCGACCUUGGCAAACGAAUGAUAUACGAUCCACCACUACCUCAACAGUUAAGCCAUUUAGACCAGUCAAUAAACCACAGAUGCCUCCUUUAAAACGACCCAUUAUAAAAACAAAUUUAACGAAUAAUGGUAUACAAUUUGCUGCUAUUCCGAUGACAAACACUCUGCAGUCAUCUGCCAUUUCUCUAAACUAUACAACAAUUGCAUCGAAAAACAUUACAUUUAAGCCUCAAUUUUCUAUAGUACCUACGCCACCGCCAAUCAAAAUUUACCUAAAAAGUCCACUAAAAGAUUCACAAAAUAAAAGUCAAACAAUUUUCAAUAACUCAUCUAUAAAAGUGCAUAAGAAACCAAUCAGUAAUACAGGUAUUAUGUUAAGAAAGGGAGAACCCAAACGACGUAUUAGUCUAGGAUUUCCGUGUGUUAGUGAUGCACAGUGUAUGCGAAAUGAUGAAAAUUCAAGAUGCUUACAUGGAAUUUGUGAUUGUCAACCAAACAAUAAAACAAUUGAUCAGUGUACAGCAAAAACUCGAGGUUGUUUACAAAAUACAUUCCAAUGCCGAUCAAGUGGUAAAUGCAUUAGUUGGUUCUUCGUAUGCGAUGGUCGAACAGGUGAUUGUGGUGAAGACGAUAAUUCAGAUGAAGAAUGUUCGGGUAAUCAACAAUGUCCAAGUACCACGUUUGCCUGUCGGUCUAGCAAAGGCCUCAGGAAUUUAUGUGUUUCUAGAUCAACGCGAUGUGAUGGUGUGAAAAAUUGUCCAUUUGGAGACGACGAAGAAGGCUGCAAUACCAUUGAACAUAAAGGGUGUCCGGCGUACACGUUCCAGUGCGGCGACGGUCAAUGUCUACCGGAGUACGAGCUGUGCAACGCGGUCGUGACGUGCGCCGACAAAUCGGACGAGUUGGAAGGCCUGUGCGGCGGCGGCGGUGCACCGAUGACCGUCGGCAACAGGACGUCCGGCGCGCGUCCCCCGCAGCCGUUGACCCGGGUCCGCGGCGCUUACCGGCACAGUCCGGCCGAAUGCCCUUUCCGGUGUAGGAACGGCCGAUGUCGAUCGACCGCCGUGCUGUGUUCCGGUCGCGACGGAUGCGGCGACGGGUCCGACGAAUCGGGUUGUUCCGUGUGCAAAUGCCCUGCAGUUUCAUAAAAAUAUAUUGAAGUUCAUAUUUUGAGAAUAUUAUAGUAUUAUACAGUACGAUCACUACGACGCUCAUCAGUACAUAUAUUUAUAACGUAUACUAUAUGUCUAUAUAAUAUUAAGCACCUAUACAUAUUGGAAUACAACAAGUGUAAUUUUGUAUAUAUUUUAUCUUAAUAAUGUUUUGAAAAAAAAAAUGUUUAUUUUUUUUUUAGACACAUUAAUUAAUUAUAACUUGAUAUGUUAUUAAUUAUGUUAUUAUUUAAUAAUUAAUAUUAUUAUUAUUUUUGUA